AUGGAACCUAUGAAGGCGGACAACUGUGCACUGCUAGCACACCUGAGGCAGAUUGAGUUUGGUUCCUCCGACCAGGAAGCCAGAGAGGAGGACAGGGACUCUGAGAGAGCCGCCUGGUUCGAGCGGGAGCGCUGUGGCGAUGGGGCCAGCCCCCGGGCCCGACGCAGCGACUUCCUGCAGAAGACAGGUAGCAACUCCUUCACUGUGCACCCCCGGGGCCUGAAUCGCGUCCCGGGCGCGCGCCCACUCCCUAACGGGCCCGCGGUCGAGCCCCCGGCCAGCUCUGCCAACGGCCUUUCGGGGGCCCCGCCGGGUCCAGCCCCCUCCAACGCGGCCCAGGGCGCAGGCGAGUGGAAGCCAAAGGUGGGGUCAGUGGAGCGCCCCCUGCACGGGCCCCCCAGCCCCGAAAUCCCCAGUGCCACCAUCGCCAUGCCUCGGGCCUGCCUCCCGGCCAGUCCUGCUAGUGCCACUCCCAGCCAGCGCCGGUGGGUCUCCGCGGCCACCAGCGCCAAUGACUCCUUCGAGAUCCGGCCUGCCCCCAAGCCUGACAUGGAGGCCAUCCCCGAGGGGGACCUCCAGGCUCGAGCCCUGGCCAGCCUCCGGGUGAACUCCCGAAACUCCUUCACGUUCCUUCCCAAGCGCAAGACCCCCGGUGCCUGUGUCCCUGAGGGAAGGCCGUCUGUGGAGCAGCCGAAGGCAGAGCAGGGCUGGGCUUUGCCGCCACCUCACCACUCCAGGGCCCAGCUGGUGCCUGGAGCGGAUGGCCGCCCUGCCUGCCAGAGGUCCCCCUUGGGGGCCGAGGCGGUGUGGUCAGUGGGAGAGGGGGGUUGCCCCAAGCCAGCCACUGCCCUUCAAGACCCGGCACCGAGGUGGCCAAGGCCUUCUUCGCCACCCCCCUCCCUGCUGUCCACCACUGAAGCUGAGCCUGCUCAGGGCGCCCUGGCUCUCAGCCUGGUCAAGAAUGACCGGGAGCCUGGGUAUUCGAAGCUCCCGGUCACCUUCAUAGAUGAGGUGGACUCAGAUGAGGAGAUGGCCCCGGAAGCCAAAACGCCUCCCUGGUACCGCCUGCACUCCGCCGAGCCUGAGCACCCACUGGGCCUCAAGCCCCAUCGGGGCAACACCUUCAUGGUGGUGCCUAAAAGGAAGCCAGGGCCCAUGGAAGAGCUGCACUCUGGCCAGGCCAGUGGGGAGACCCAGCCGAGAGAAGCGGAGGAGGAGGAGGAGGAGGAGGCUGGGAGCCCUGUGGGGCCCCACAGUGACUCGGGGACCAUGCUAAAGAAGCGCUACCCCGCCGCCCAUGAGAUUGAGGUGAUCGGAGGGUACCUGGUUCUGCAGAAGUCCUGCCUCACCAAGACUGGGGCCUCCAGGAAGAAGAUGAAGAUCUCCUUCAACGACAAGAGCCUGCAGACCACUUUCGAGUACCCCUCGGAGAGCUCCCUGCUGCGGGCGGAGGGGCUGGAGGAGGAGGAGGCAGACUCCGAGGGCUCGGGCUCGGAGGGUGCGGCUGGGGCAGCGGCUUUCACUCUCUUCCUGCCCAGGGCCACUUUGGUGCACAGCGAGGGGCCCGACAGCAGCUCAGCUCUGUCCAGUUACACUCCAAAGCACGCAGUGGCCUUCAGCAAGUGGCAGGAGCAGACAGCAGAGCCUGCACCUCGGGAGGUGGAGCCCUUCCUGAAGGAAGUCAUGCUCACCCCUGCUGGCCAGAGUGACCUCUCUGACUUCCGCAGCGAGCCAGCCCUCUACUUCUGACCCUGCUUGGACGGCAGCUGGAGUCCUGCUUGGAGGUGGCACUGGGUUGUCCCCAGGGCCUGCCCUCACUGUGUCCCUACCCCUUGCCAGGCUACCCACCCCCACCCCCCAGCCUCACCGACUGCCAGAGCAGCCAUGUGCUCAGGAACUGUGCUGGGACUCAACAGCUCUUGGGUCUGUGUGGGCCCCUUCCACCGUGAACAGGCUCCACAGGGGUGCUGCUGGACAGUGGCCCCGAGUGGACUCUGGCCCAGGUUGCCCCUGCCCUGCCCAGUGGCCCAUGGUGGGCCUCCCAGCCCAGCCAGCACCCACGACCCCUUGAGCAGACAGGAAGCCCCUGGCAGGAGCCAACUCAAUAAAUAGCACUGAUGACACA